AAAUGAACCCUAGUCUUGCGAAUCUGUUGGUCGGUGAGGGCUCUGCCAAAGAGGAUCAGCAUCCUGGUGACUUGGCCAAUGACCUCAUCGACGAUUUGCUGAAGAAGCAGCCCAAAGAAGGCCACUACGAUUCGGACUCACGGGAUGAGUCCUGCCCGGCGAGGAGGAGAAGCAAGUGCAGCGUGGAUCGUCGACUCGAGUACUGGAAGGACAUGCUCCUCCAAAGACGAACCCUGCAGGAGAAGCUGCGCGCCCAGACAGGCAGGGGACCAGCCCAAAUGCUUCACAACCGUCCUCAGAGACCUGAAGACUUUCUGGAGAUAGUGGGCACAGCUCAAGAAACACCUGGCAGCGACAUGACAGAGCAAGAGAUAGUUCAUUUUUCACGUCCUGAUACCAUCUGUGGCUGUGUUCCCAGCCUACACGAGAUGAAAGUCCCCGAUAAGAUCUUCCGCGGCUUCAGUAACUUGGCCUUGGAUCUCAAUAGUAGCAGUUCCAUAGCCAGCGCUGAGCCUCGCCUAACUCGGAAGCGGUCCGGAUCCAAGGCGACGAUGCCCGACUCCACUCAGCCUUACUCCAUGACCAAUAAGUGCGGAGACAGCUGUGUAUUACAAUGCGUUCGCAUCAACGGAAUACACUACCGACCAGGCACGCCGGAGUUCUCGCCGAUCGUGGAGCGCACCUUCACCUGCCAUCCCUUCCAACGUCACGUUCGCACAGUGGUCCGCAUUGAGAACAGUGGUCGGGUGAUGCUGCGAUGCUGCUGGCGGCGAGUCAACUUCUUCUCCAACAAUGGAACACUUCUUAAGGACGAUUCCGAAAACUUUAUUUUCGACACCCAAUGCUUCCAGCUCCACAUCGGCGAAACCAGAGACGUGACGAUACUCUACCAGCCCCGGAAGGUGUCCAUUGUCAAGAUGCGAUGGCUGCUUUGCACCCAACCUGGUAUUUUUUUCCGCCGACCUUAUGGACUCACUCUAAAUGUCCAUGGACGUUGCACCCCGUCCAUGCAGUAUCUGGAGCGCCUGGCAGUUGAGAAGACCCGAGCCCGGCUCUUGUCGGUGGAGGAAAGUCUUUCGCUGAAACAAGACGAGCAGGCGCAGGAGAGGCCUGUGCUGUGCCCGUAUGUCCGUGAGAUUGAGGAACGGGAGGUUUUCAACAUCCUGAAUCAGAGGUAUUUCUGCCAAACCUAUGAAGAUCUGGAGAGGCUCCAUGCCUUCUUUGAGAAGAUAACCAGAUCAUCAAACUUAUGGGACCUCAGCGUGGAAUGCCUCUUCCACUAUGUGUUUGCUGUGCGGGAUGUAGAGGCGCGAAUCCAACUAUCCGAGGAACUAAAUACACUGCUGGAUGGGCUAAGGAAUCCUCUGGAACUUCCGCUGGCGGAGUCAGACUCCCCGAGGCUGCUGCAGAAGCGGGGCAAUUCAGGAUUUUUGUACGUCCGAGGACUUCUUGCCAGUCGCCUGGACGAAUGGGAGCAACUGGCAAUGGAGCUGGAGAAAAAGUCAGUCGAUUACAUGUACUUCAUCAAAUCCAUAUAUACGUUGUUGUACGGAAUGAUUGGCAACACAGUGGAAGAUAUAGUGUCCAUCAUCGAAUCCCUGCAGGAAUCUAGUGAGAUGUAGGA